AUGCCCAAAAUGCGGACGGAUCCACAAUGUAUUCAUCUAAGUCCUAUGGACAAUGUCAUGCCCCGGUUUUAUGCUCGACUCAUCUUUGCCUUUCGAUGCUCGUCAAAUCACGACCAUCAAAAAAUCCGAGAUUUGCUAGAACAAGGGCUUCGACGCACCAGUGCAGACAUUCCGAGUGUUGCGGGCAAGGUGUUCACUAGGCCAGUCACUCCAGACCGCGCGGGCCAGUUGGAAAUGCGGGUUCAUCCCAGCUAUUGCCCUACUGUCCACGCCCGAGAAUUCUCUGAGCUGGACUAUGAUGAGCUUCUGGAUGAAGGCCUCCCGCAAGACAUAUUGGAUCCCAACAUUUUGUUUCCUGUGAUUGGAGCACCGGAUUCAGAGCAGGGGGCCCCGGCUUUUCUAGCUCAGGCUAACUUUGUGACGGGGGGCUUGUUGCUUGCAGUCGGCUUGUAUCAUUCCGUGAUUGAUGGCACAAGCGGGGUCUGGCUAGCAAAGAAAUGGGCCGAGCAUACCCGUCAUUUACAAAGCGUCACAGAAGACAGAGCGUUGCUGGAGAUCAUGCCGCGGAGUACGGACCCGGGAGUAUUGGAAGAUCUCUGGCUCGCUCAAGGAUACAGCCCACUUACGGUGGAGGAGCUUAAAACUGGAGCCAAGGGUUCCAAUGAUCCAUCACUCUGGCGACUUCUGGGACUUGAUCCAUUAAAUACCCCGCCGUCCCCACCACUCAUGGUGGAGCCAGAGGAGCGAAAAGAACGGCCAAUGCAGUCGACCAUCUUCUAUCUCUCGCCACAAGCUUUGGAAGAUUUGAAAAAAGCUUCCACAGAGGAGCCAUUUGGGAGGGUGAGCACCAACGACGCUCUGAUGGCUCUACUGUGGAGGUCCAUCAUCCGUGCGAGGUUUCCAAGUAACACGUCAUCAACGGAUACAGAUGAGGCUAUUCUCGAUACCACCUACGAUGGGCGAGCGGGAUUUUCCCCAGACCUUCCCUUCACCUAUAUGGGGAGUCUGAUCUUCACCUGUACUGCUCGGAUGCAACGAUCCCAGCUGGUAUCCCCCACAGCGUCCUUGGCCUCUGUAGCGCAUGAAAUCCGUCAGGCGGCCAAGAAUAUCGAUUCAUCCCGUAUGCAUGCAGCGUUCGGUUUGGCAGUAUCGAUACCUGAUUACACCAAGCUGACCUAUCCGUUUGCCACAUUUGCCGGGGCGGAAGUCUGCAUUACCUCCUGGAUCGCCUGGAGCAUGUUUGAUCUCGACUUCGGACCUAUAUUCGCAAACGGGGGGCGGCCGGAUUUCGUACGCCCGCCUAGGCAAGAGUUUGAUGCUGUGUGUCGUCGAUGUGUUGUUUUGCCUUUGCAGAGUCAUGGAGGCUGUGAGGUUCUUAUUUCCUUGGUUGCAGAUGAAAUGCAGCGAUUGGAGCAAGACCCGGAGCUUGCGCGUUUUGCUUGUGUGGCGUGCCAUUAA